AUGCCAGUCUACACCACAGACCACUCCAGCUCCGUCCUGAGCACCCACAGCUGGCGCACAGCCAAAAACUCAGCCCCACAUCUCCUCCCCCACAUUAAACCAAACAUGACAAUCCUCGACGUAGGCUGCGGCCCGGGGAGUAUCAGCAUCGACCUCGCAAAACUAGUGCCAGCCGGCCACGUCACAGGAGUGGAAUACGUCUCGGACCCGCUUGAGGGUGCCCGAAAACUCGCGACCGAGGCGGGGGUAUCCAAUAUCACGUUCCAAGUGGGCGAUAUCCACGCCCUCCCCUUUGAAGACUCGAGUUUCGAUAUCGUACAUGCACAUCAGGUUCUGCAACAUAUUGCGGAUCCAGUGCUUGCGCUACGGGAAAUGAGGAGAGUAGUCAAGGUUGGCGGGGUUGUUUCUUGUCGGGAAUCGGCUGGGAUGACGUGGUAUCCGGCUAAUGAGGGGAUAGAGCUUUGGAAAGAGGUUACGGAGAAGAUGGGACGGGCGAAGGGUGGGAAUCCUCAUCCUGGUUCGAUGAUUCAUGUUUGGGCUGGACGGGGUGGAUUUGAGCUUGAGGAUGUGCAACGGAGUGCGGGGACGUGGUUGUUUAGUACGCCUGCGGAGAGGAAUUAUUGGGGUGGAUCAAUGGAAGAGCGGGCGCGCAGCUCGGGAUUCAGUCGGAGCGCUGUUGAAGAAGGGUUUGCGAGUGUGGAGGAGUUGGAAAAGAUCGCGAAUGGGUGGAAGGAAUUUGUAGAGGAGGUUGAUGGGUGGUUUGGGUUGAUGCAUGGAGAGAUCUUGUGUUGGAAGAGGUCAUGA